AUGUUUCGUCAAGCAGCAAAAGGGUUGCUCCGAGGCUCACUGAAGGGCCGUUCCUACUCUACAGGUCAAGGAUCCAGACGAAUCAGCGGCAAGGUCCCUGGCGUUCUGCUCGCUUCAGCAUUCGCCGCAACGUUCGCUCUGAACUCUGCCGUCGUGUAUAAUGAUGCACCUGCAGAGCAAGUCCCUGAGCAGAAGAAGAAAGCCGAUGAUGUCUCAUCGGUGAGUAUGGAGGAUCAAGAUAGCUUGCAUACUACUGUGUGGGGAUCAAACAAGUCGGGAGUGCUCGACCCGAAGGCGGUAGACGUGGAUUCUUUCCGUACACCUACCGUAGUUGCAUGGCUUCACAACGUUGCGCUGAGAGAUCUUGCACUGCACCAAAAGCACGCUGCAUGCGUAGAUGCUCGCGGAGACGUGUACCAGUGGGGUGAAGGCUUCUUUAGUGCGGAAAAUAGGGAUGGAAAGCCUACACUGACGCUCCGUGGCAAGAAUAUUGUCAGCUUGCAGCUGACCGAAGGCAGGGUAUAUGCGCUUUCUGCUUCUGGAAAGGUGUAUGUCCUUGCGUCGGAUGCAGCGACACAAUUUUUGCCCGUAGGAAAGCCCACGCCGGCCAGUACACCCUGGUGGAGUACAGGCUGGAUGUGGGGCGAGGAAGAGGAUGUUGACUUUGCCGAAGUCACUCCUAAUUGUCAGCUUACCUGGGGUGAAAAAAUCACGUCGAUUUCAGCUGGAGAGCAUCAUCUACUGGCCCUCACGUCUGCAGGGCGCACUUUUGCUCACCCGGUAACAAAAGAUGCAAACGCGUACGGACAACUCGGUUUGCGAAAGUUAGACAUUCCUGACCACAGCGAACGCAUGCACGUUGGUCCACAUGCCGCUCGGAAAACGAUAGAACUGGUGCCGAAGUCUAUCACUGAUCCAUAUGCGAAGUCGUCACCUUAUACUCGAACCUCAACCCCAUCGGCGAACCAAGUGGAAGCCAUCGCCGACACGUCAAUUCGCUUCUGUGAUAAAUUAUACGAGAUCCCAUCCCUGAAGGGCAUCGAGAUAGUUCAAAUAGCUGCAGGAGGUCGAAGCAGCUUCGCGGUGACCUCAACCGGGCGAGUCCUCGGUUGGGGCGCAAAUGAGUUUGGGCAAAUAGGGUUGGGCAACAACUACAAGUCAGACACGGUUGUCAUUCCCACCGAGGUCGUGCUUUGGCAAUAUACAUCAAACAAAACGACGUCACAAUGCCUCAACGUAACUGCAGGUGGAGAUCUCACUUGCUUCGCCGUUGAGCGCAAGGGAGAAGAGAACAUCGACGUUCUGAUGUGUGGCAACGGCCAGUACGGCGGUUUGGGGAACAACCUGUACACCAAUUCGCAGGGAGCUCCGCUCAGAGCUAAAAAUGUCAGCGGCCGUCAAGAAUACAGCGAGGCAACCAAAAGCCUCCAUGCCAUCGCACCAUACAGCAUCUCCGUUUCCCCUAGCGGGCACGUUCUGCUGACAUUGAAUGCUGAUAUGAAUGUGGGUGGUCGAGAUCUGAUGGUUUGGGGUAAGAACCACGAUUCUGAGCUCGGCAACGGCAAGAAAGGCAGCUCGCCACUUCCUUCAGCGCUCACAACCACCGACGGUCAGCGCUUCAUGCUGAUGGCACGUACGGCGAAACAGGUCGUUGAUCUCCAGAGGAAGCUAUGGAAACGAGGGGUCAAGGUCGAACAAAGGGCCGUGGCUGGAUAUGGAAAUAGCAUCGUCUAUUGGAGGCUCUGCUAA